AUGCGAUCGGAUUCGUCAUCUACCGAGGUCCUGCCUCGCCCAGCACAUGAACGCCACACUGUGACUACCGAUACUACCACGCCAUUUACUCCCUUGCGAAAUGAGAAGAUUGUAGCCACUGGGAGUGGCAUUUCUGUUGGUAUUGCCCUCACAGAACCCGUUCUUUACCUGCAGGGCUAUGAUCAACAAGACCCAAGCAGUAAAAAAUCCGCAAUUCUGCGGGGACAGAUGCAUUUGAAGGUUACCAAAUGUGUCAAGAUUAAAAAGAUAUCAAUCUGCUUCCGCGGCCAUGCUCAGACUGAUUGGCCAGAUGGUAUUCCCCCUAAGAAGAUCCACUUCCAUGACAAGAAGGAUCUCUUCACGCACGGUGUGGUUUAUUUCAACCACGGGGACACAGCGCUCAUGCAAAAUGACUAUGGUGCGCAUUACUAUCAGCAUGCCAAACCGAUCUCAUCCGUGCCGGGAAAGGAGGGAGUGACGAUGACCACUCGAGAACUAUUUUCUAACCGCAAUUCCACCGCUACACUUGCCGUACCAACCUCCCGAGAAACCAAACGACUUUCUCUACAAUCCAAUCGCAGGCAUUCGCGCAGCUUCAGCAAAAACGAACACCCAGCUUCCCAACCACAGCCUCAGCGAAAUUACCGCAUGUUCCCGGUAGGUGAUUAUUUAUACAGCUUCGAGUUUCCGAUCGAUGGAUCAUUACCAGAGACGAUCAAAACGGAUCUAGGGUCUGUGAAAUACGACCUGGAAGCAAUGGUCGAACGGUCAGGCGCAUUUCGACCCAAUCUCCUCGGCACGAUGGAGGUUCCCGUGAUUCGUACCCCUGCCGAGGGUUCAUUAGAGCAAGUCGAGCCGAUUGCGAUUUCGCGGAACUGGGAAGACCAGCUUCACUACGAUAUCGUGAUCUCGGGGAAGUCCUUCCCGCUAGGCUCGCAGAUCCCGAUUGCGUUCAAGUUGACCCCACUGGCGAAAGUAGAGUGCCACCGAAUCAAGGUCUUUGUGACAGAGAAUAUUCAGCAUUGGACGGCAGAUAAGAGCGUGCACCGGUUGCAGCCAGCGAAGAAGGUGUUGCUAUUCGAAAAACGAGCCGACUCGUCUAGUGUGAGCACGUAUCCCGGCAGCUCCAUGCGUGUCACUGCAGGCGGCGGUAUCGACUGGGACCACCGCGCUGCUGCCGCAAGGGGGCAGGAGAUUUUGGAUCGGAAUCGGACGAAUCUGCUAGGCAAUCUGUCCAACGACUCUAGUGUUGGUCCAACGGAGAUGGAAUUCAACGUGCAACUGCCAAGUUGCCACGAAAUGAAGGGCCGGGACGAGAGUCAGCGGCUGCACUUCGAUACCACAUACGAGAAUAUUCAGAUCAACCACUGGAUCAAGAUUGUCCUCCGUCUAUCCAAGGUCGACGAAAGAGACUCCACAAAACGAAGACACUUCGAAAUCUCUAUAGACUCGCCAUUCCACAUCCUCUCUUGCAAGGCCACCCAGGCCAAUAUCUACUUACCAGCCUACACAACCCCAUCUGAAGAACUGGUCCCCGCAGCCCAAGAACUCGAAUGCGGAUGCCCCGGCGCCCCUCUGGCACCCCGUGAGCAAGUCAUUGCUCCAGCCACGUCCGAUCGCGAAGACAGCAACCCUGCAUCAGGACCCAUCGCCCGUCGCGGCUCAACGGGCCACGACUUCUCCCGCAGCUUUACAAACAACUCUGGUGGCCUCGCCCGGCCCCCGCAAGCACACCUCGCGACACCCCCAGACGACCGUAACACACCCAUUCCACCUCGUCCAAUGCAUCUGCUCCGUGCGCCGUCCUUUGCACCCCCCGCUUUCGAGGACGUCCCUCCCCCGCCACCGCUUGUUACUCCGCCUCCAGAAUAUAACACCAUCGUUGGGGAUGACCGAGAGGCCGUUCUUGAGGAUUACUUCUCUCGUUUAUCGUUUUACGAAGAACACGAGGACGAUGACCGCGGUCGUGGCCGCGUCGAUGUACCCCUCACGCCGGGUGGACGCGUCAACCGCAGCAUGGACGUGCCCCGCGAAUGGGUGCGACUCGAAGACUAUUUUCAGUAA